GUAAAUGCAAAGUAGCCUAAACCACUACAAUUAUCUGCCUCUUGCAGUUGUUGGAGUGCGCAUGGGACCGCUGGCUGCUGUGCAUGGCUGACCCAUGGCAGUGCUUGAGGCUGCAGUGGCCCUGUUGGGGCUGGUGGGCUGCAGGUGGCACUGGGAUGGGUGAAUGUCCCUGGACAUGGGGGUGAGUCCAUCCCUGGGCUCCCAUCCCUCAGGCAGCUGAUGGUGCCACCGAGGAAUGUGAUGCUGGAAAGUGAAAAGGCAUGGAAGUGAAAGGCAUGGUCCAAGCCAGAUGCAGGAGGCAGGGCUGCCUGGAAAGGCUGGCAGUGGCAGCUCCAGUGGUGCUGCAGCUUAUGCUGAAACAGAGUUGCUGCCCCAGCAAUGCUGAGGGCCAAAGGUCUGCCCACGGCAGGGGGCAUGGUUGGUUGUGCUGGGAUGGUCAGGGUACCCUGCGCCCCAUGGGGAGGUUUGGCUUUUCCACAGGUGAGACAUAGAUAAAAAUUAAUUUCCCCUAGAAGAAAUUGUAUGUCCCUCUGCACUGACAGUGUCUGUGGAGGUUGUGCUCGAGCCUGGUGCAAAUGGUGUUUUGGGGCACACACCAGGUGAGCUCUGCCACCAUCAGCCACUGCUCAGCCCCUUGUAGAGGCAGAUGUGACACUGGUGUUCCUGCUCCCAAGCUGGCACUGGCCAAAUGCGGUGCCUGCCAGCUCACCACAGAGCAGCCAGAGACUCGUUGCUUAACAACAUGCUGGAGUGGAGUAGGAAGUGUUUUGUCACUGUGAGAUGGGAAGAGAUCACCAUUUUAUCAACAGGCAGGGCAGUGUCUGUUUGCUCUGUGUCCGUGCAGAUGUCCCCACAGUACUGGGGACUUCGGUCACUUUGUGGUGCAGUGGCACUGGCAUGGCUGUUCUUGGCUCUGCUCCUUAUCAAGCGUCCGCAAUUUCCAACAGCAGCAUGUCCUGGUGUCGGCCAUCCCACCUUCCCUUUCCUCCUUGCCACUGUUCUUCUGCCUCCCCAGGCCCCUCCUUGCCAGCAGCAUUUCCAGCUUGGUGAUUUCUGUGAAUGUGGAAAUGUUCCUCCCUUUUUAUAGGGGAAAAAUUCAUUUUUAGCCAACUCUGGGUUAUUGUUCCUCUUCCUGUUCAGGGGCGGGUGUGCCUGGCUCGGGGGCUCUGGCUGUGGCUGCUCCACUCAGACCUGCUGCCCCUGUCCCCCAGCAUGUGCCCCCUGACCAUAUGACAGCACAGCUCUUUUGGAGCUCUGUGGGCCACUGGGCCAAACAAAAUGCUUUGGGGACAGGGGGAGGCACAGCCCUCACUGGCUGUCCAAGGCCCUGCACCCCUGUCUGGCCCCUCUGUGUGGUGCCAAAUCCCAGGUGGUUUGGGUGUGAGUGUAUCUAAAUGCUGUUUAGUGCUGCCUGCUCACCUGAGCCCCCCAGGCCCUCCUGUGUCACUCACCAUCAUAUCACACUCACACACUCAACUGCAGGUUGUGUCUCCAGACCCCUUGAGCCACAGGUGACCCAGGGGGCACACUGGAUUUUACCAGAGGUGCUGUCACCACCAUCUCAUCCCUGCCUGCCUCUGGGAGAGCCAAAGCUGUGUGGUGGAUGGAAUCCCUGCAUGAAGCCAGAGCCGCCCCAUAACUGUUCUGGGAAGGUCCAUGUGUCUCCACCAGGAUAUGAGGCAUACAGUCUCCUGGGGACUUGUCAGGGACUGUGGUGCCACGUGGGCUCUUGGGGCUGGAAUUGCUCCUGCCUGCUGGCGCUGCCAGGGUGUGGGCAGGAGCGGGGUGAAUGCAGGGGGGGCCUGUGCUCUGCGUCACCCUGGAUUUCUGGCCAACCCUUCCUCCCCCUGGCCUGUUUCCUCAUUUGCGUGGCCAGCAAUGGCUGCGAUCCCGUGGUGCAGUGAGGGGAAAUGAGAACCAUGUGGAGAGGCCAUGCAGAGGCGCGUCCCUGGCCCUGGGCACCCCCAGGGCUGUUCCUAGAAAAGAGGGGGUGACUCAGAACCAGGGUCCUCUGCCCCCGCAUGCCCUUCCUUUCAGCAGCUGGAGACAGCGCUGGCAGCACCAGAGGCUCGGGACACUCCUGUGGAGAGUGUGGGGACAGCCAGGGCCAGACCCCGUGCAGCACAGUGUCUGCCUGUCUCCCACUGGUGCCCUGACAGCACAUCUCCCGCAGGUGCUGAACCAUGGCCGUGUGGAUCCAGGCCCAGCAGCUCCAGGGAGAAGCCCUGCGGCAGAUGCAGGCGCUCUAUGGGCAGCACUUCCCCAUCGAGGUGCGGCACUAUCUGUCGCAGUGGAUCGAGAGCCAGGCAUGGGACUCCAUCGACCUCGACAACCCCCAGGAGAAUGUGAAGGCGACACAGCUUCUGGAGGGACUGAUCCAGGAGCUGCAGAAGAAGGCAGACCACCAAGUGGGUGAGGACGGCUUCCUGCUGAAGAUCAAGCUGGGGCACUACGCCACGCAGCUGCAGAACACGUAUGACCGAUGCCCCAUGGAGCUGGUGCGCUGCAUCCGGCACAUCCUCUACCACGAGCAGCGGCUGGUGCGGGAGGCGAACAACAGCCCUUCUCCGUCUGGCUCCCUGGUGGACGCCAUGUCCCAGAAGCACCUGCAGAUCAACCAGACCUUUGAGGAGCUGCGGCUCAUCACGCAGGACUCAGAGAACGAGCUCAAAAAACUGCAGCAGACACAGGAAUACUUCAUCAUCCAGUACCAGGAGAACAUGCGACUCCAAGCCCAGUUCUCCCAGCUCUCCCAGCUGGGCCCCCAGGAGCGCAUGUCACGGGAGACGACGCUGCAGCAGAAAAAGGCAUCGCUGGAGGCCUGGCUGCACCGUGAGGCCCAGACACUACAGCAGUACCGCGUGGACCUGGCUGAGAAGCACCAGAAGACGCUGCAGCUGCUGCGCAAGCAGCAAACAACCAUCCUGGAUGAUGAGCUGAUCCAGUGGAAGCGUCGGCAGCAGCUGGCAGGGAAUGGGGGCCCACCCGAAGGCACCUUGGAUGUGCUGCAGACCUGGUGUGAGAAGCUGGCAGAGAUCAUCUGGCAGAACCGGCAGCAGAUCCGCCGUGCCGAGCACCUGUGCCAGCAGCUGCCAAUCCCAGGCCCAGUGGAGGAGAUGCUGUCAGAGCUGAACAGCACCAUCACCGACAUCAUCUCUGCCCUGGUCACCAGCACCUUCAUCAUCGAGAAGCAGCCCCCCCAAGUACUGAAGACACAGACCAAGUUUGCAGCCACCGUGCGGCUCCUGGUGGGGGGGAAGCUGAAUGUGCACAUGAACCCCCCCCAAGUGAAGGCCACCAUCAUCAGCGAGCAGCAAGCCAAGGCCCUGCUGAAGAACGAGAGCACCCGCAAUGAGAGCAGCGGGGAGAUCCUCAACAACUGCUGUGUGAUGGAGUAUCACCAGGCCACCGGGACACUCAGCGCCCACUUCCGCAACAUGUCCCUGAAGCGAAUCAAGCGCUCGGAUCGCCGCGGGGCUGAGUCAGUGACAGAGGAGAAGUUCACCAUCCUCUUUGAGUCACAGUUCAGUGUCGGUGGGAAUGAGCUGGUCUUCCAGGUGAAGACACUGUCCUUGCCUGUGGUGGUGAUUGUGCACGGGAGCCAGGACAACAAUGCCACAGCCACUGUGCUUUGGGACAAUGCUUUUGCUGAGCCUGGCCGUGUGCCCUUCGCUGUGCCUGACAAGGUGCAGUGGCCACAGCUCUGCGAGGCACUCAACAUGAAGUUCAAGGCAGAGGUGCAGAGCAGCCGUGGGCUGACCAAGGAGAACCUGGUAUUUCUGGCACAAAAGCUCUUCAACAGCACCAGCUCCCACCUGGAAGACUACAGCAGCACCACAGUGUCCUGGUCGCAGUUCAACAGGGAAAACCUGCCUGGGAGGAAUUACACCUUCUGGCAGUGGUUUGACGGGGUCAUGGAGGUGCUGAAGAAGCAUUUGAAGCCGCACUGGAAUGACGGGGCCAUCCUGGGCUUCGUCAACAAGCAGCAGGCGCACGACCUGCUCAUCAACAAGCCCGACGGGACCUUCCUUCUGCGCUUCAGCGACUCAGAGAUCGGUGGCAUCACCAUUGCCUGGAAGUUCGACUCCUCUGAGAGGAUGUUCUGGAACCUGAUGCCUUUCACCACCAGGGACUUCUCCAUCCGGUCCUUGGCUGACCGCCUCGGGGAUCUCAGUUACCUCAUCUACGUGUUCCCCGACCGGCCCAAGGACGAGGUGUUCUCCAAGUACUACACGCCGGUUCUCUGUGAGUCCACGCCAGCUAAAGCUGUGGAUGGAUAUGUGAAGCCACAGAUCAAGCAAGUGGUGCCAGAGUUUGUUAAUGCAUCAGGAGAUUCUGCCCCUGGAGGGGCCACCUACAUGGACCAGGCACCCUCGCCUGCCGUCUGCUCCCAGCCUCAUUACAAUAUGUACACCCAGAACCCUGACCCUGUGCUGGACCCCGAGGGUGAUUUUGACCUGGAAGACACGAUGGAUGUGGCGAGGCACGUGGAGGAGCUGCUGCGGCGCCCCGUGGACAGUCAGUGGAUCCCCCACGCCCAGUCGUGACAGGCAGGCGCCUGGUCCCUUGCCCCUGGCCCUGGUGCUGCGGGGACUGUGCUGUGUUCGUGUCUCUGUGCCAGGGUACAGCGGGUGGGCCCUGCCCCCAGGAUUUGCUCUGUGCCCCGAAACACAGGCUGGCGUCCAGCUCUUCGGUGUUUAUGCCCUUGUAUAAACAGCAGCGGAUUUGUCGCAUGGUUUUCCUGUAUGUUCCUUUUAAGAGGCCCAGCUUCGGCUUUCCGCUUCUGCCAGCGCUGGCCCUGCAGCCCCCAUCCCCCCGUGGGGCUGCCGGGGCGGGGGCCACCAGCCCGGCCUCAGGUUCGCUUUCGCAGUCGUCACUAAGAAUGUACAUGUCGCCUUCUUGUUCUCCCCCGCGGCUCCGUUCCCAGGGCUGCGUGAGGGCGGAGGGCAGAGGAGGGGCUCUGCCAGGCUCCCCCAGCCUGUGCUGGUGCUCUGCUCCACAGUGGCAGGGUCCCUGGAUCUCAUCUUCUCCUCUGCCCCCAAGGAUGCAGGAGCCCCUCUGGCUCCCGGCCUCGGUGUCCCCUCUGGAGCCGGUGCAGCAGGAGGGUGGCAGGGUGCAAGGGCACCCAGCGAGGGCAGGCGGGUGGGCAGGGGGUGUGGGGAAGCGAAGCCCUCUGCCCCCUGUCUCUCCCCUCGCCUGGGCGGGAAACUCUGGGGUCCUGGCCAUGUUAUUUUUCUAUCACAGAGUAAAUAAAGCACGGAAUAUUUUUGUAACACAAAA